AAAAACUUGAGUGUUCAAUGUAAGCUUUUGUUAUCAGACUUCAACUAGACUAUUGGAAACCUGGAAACAGGGCUAGCUACGAGGAUGAAUUGUGCCGCUCAUGAUGGUCACCUCGACGUUGUUAAACGUUUGAUUGGAUUUGGGGUAGAUCCCAAUAAGCUUGAUUAUGAUGGCAGAACACCUUUGCAUAUCUCAGCAUCAAAAGGAUAUGUAGAUAUUUCUUCCUUUCUUGUUGAACAAGGAGUAAAUAUCAAUUCCACAGAUAAAUUUGGACCCACUCCCAUGCUUGAAGCCAUCAAGAAUGGACAUGAAGAAGUAGCAUCUGUACUUGUUAAUUCGGGAGCGAUCCUUACUAUUGAUGAUGUUGGUAACUUUCUCUGCAUGACUGUUGUAAAGAAGGACUUGGACCUUUUAAAAAGGGUUUUGGCUUGUGGAAUCAAUCCAAAUGCCAAAAAUUACGAUCAACAUACACCUCUUCACAUAGCUGCCUCUCAAGGUUUGAUUACAAUGGCUGAAUUACUACUAGAAGUAGGAGCAAGUGUUUUAUCUAAGGACAGAUGGGGAAAUACACCUCUUCUUAAAGCUCAUACCAGUGGAAAUAGAAAUAUGAUCAAAAUGCUCGAAGUUGUUAAAGUUUCUCAGUUGGCUGAGUUGUCCAGUAGUAUUCAUGAAACUCAAGAACUAGGUGGCAAAAUUCUUUAUGUGGACAUGAUUUACAAUGAUGAGAAGCUAUUUCUGGUGAAUGAAGCACAAAAUGGGGUGAAAAAUUCUGGUUAUCCCAGUGUCCAGGACAGAAAAAAUGUGCAGAGGAAAGAUGCAAGCAUGGGGGCACAUGCAAAUGGAGGAGGCUUGGAUUCUAGAUGCAAGCCCUGGAAAAGUUCGAGCAGGUGGAGAUGGAGAGGACCAUCCAACAGAACUCAUAUCCUUUCUAAGUACAUUGCCACUCCCUUGCUUGAAGGCAUCAAGAAUGGACAUGAAGAAGUAGCAUCGGUACUUGUUAAUUCGGGAGCGAUCCUUACUAUUGAUGAUGUUGGUAACUUUCUCUGCAUGAUUGUUGUAAAGAAGGACUUGGACCUUUUAAAAAGGUUUUUGGCUUGUGGAAUCAAUCCAAAUGCCAAAAAUUAUGAUCAACGUACACCUCUUCACAUAGCUGCCUCUCAAGGUUUGAUUACAAUGGCUGAAUUACUACUAGAAGCAGGAGCAAGUGUUUUAUCUAAGGACAGGUAUGGACCAAAUAUUGAGUUAGCAUUCUUAUCAGGCAAUACUUUUUAUUCCAUUAGCACCUUCAUUGUUCUAAUGUAA